AUGGAAGAAGACAAAAUGCUUUAUCUGAAGAGUUUUCUCGAUAGAACCAAGAUAAACCUGGAGCAAUACGUUGAAUUCGUUAAGAAAAGGGAGCAGAAAGUGCGUAGCCAUUACUCUGAAACCUUUGAACGUAUAGAUAGCAAUCAAUUUGUGGAAAUGAUCCUUGUGGAUGCUGCCUUUGUCAUUGAGCUUUUGUGUAGGAACUUCUGCAGGAAAGAGAUAGAUAAAGAUGACCACAUAUUCCAUAAACCGUUGAAGCUUUCGGAUAUAAGGUAUGAUAUGAUGUUGCUGGAAAAUCAGCUUCCAUUCUUCAUAUUUGAAGAUCUCUUUCCACUGACAAAAUUAAAUGUUCACCGGAGUAAUGAAAGAAUUGCUCUAAUAAAGAUUACCUAUAAAUUCUUUCAAGCUAAAGCUUACUUGGGUGAAGAAACGAAGAUCUUGGAAAAGAUUGGCGAUUCCGAUAUCAAGCAUUUUGUUGACUUCUUUAGGCAAUGCCAUGUUCCAACACAGUGA